AUGAAAAUUCCUCUAGGGUUUGCCGAGUUUCUUCUUCUUCUUCUUCUUCUUCUUCUUCUUCUUCUUCUUCAAAUUCUUCUUCUUCUUCAAAUUCUUCUUCUUCUUCAAAUUCUUCUUCAAAUUCUUCUUCUUCAAAUUCUUCUUCAAAUUCUUCUUCUUCUUCUUCAAAUUCUUCUUCUUCUUCAAAUUCUUCUUCAAAUUCUUCUUCUUCAAAUUCUUCUUCAAAUUCUUCAAAUUCUUCAAAUUCUUCUUCUUCUUCUUCAAAUUCUUCUUCUUCUUCAAAUUCUUCUUCAAAUUCUUCUUCUUCUUCAAAUUCUUCUUCUUCUUCAAAUUCUUCUUCUUCAAAUUCUUCUUCAAAUUCUUCUUCUUCUUCAAAUUCUUCUUCUUCAAAUUCUUCUUCUUCUUCUUCUUCUUAAAUACUUCUUCAAAUUCUUCUUUUGCAAAUUGUUCUUCAAAUUCUUUUGUAAAUUCUUCUUCAAAUUCUUUUGUAAAUUCUUCUUCAAAUUCUUCUUCAAAUUUUUCUUCUUCAAAUUCUUGUUCUUUUUUUUCUUCAAAUUCUUCUUCAUCAAAUUCUUCCUAAAUACUUCUUCAAAUUCUUCUUCUGCAAACUCUUCUUCAAAUUGUUUUGCAAAUUUUUCUUCAAAUUCUUUUUGUUCUUCUUCAAAUUCUUCUUCAAAUUCUUCUUCUUCAUAUUUUUCUUCUUUUUUUUUCUUCUUCGAAUUUUUCAAAUUCUUCUUGUUCAAAUUCUUCCUAAAUACUUCUUCAAAUUUUUCUUCUGCAAAUUUUUCUUCAAAUUCUUUUGUAAAUUCUUCUUCAAAUUCUUUUAUCUAUCUAUCUAUCUAUGUUCAUUAUCUAUCUAUCUUUGUUUAUUAUCUAUCUAUCUAUCUAUCUAUCUAUCUAUCUAUCUAUGUAUAUUUGUUCAUUAUCUAUGUAUAUUUGUUCAUUAUCUAUCUAUCUAUGUUUUUAUCUAUCUAUAUUUGUUCAUUAUCUAUGUAUAUUUGUUUACUAUCUAUCUAUCUAUCUAUCUAUCUAUCUAUCUAUCUUUGUUCAUUAUCUAUCUAUCUAUCUAUCUAUCUAUGUAUAUUUGUUCAUUAUCUAUGUAUAUUUUUUAAAUCAUUUAUCUAUUUAUCUAUAUAUAUUUGUUCAUUAUCUAUGUAUAUUUGUUUACUAUCUAUUAUCUAUCUAUGUAUCUAUCUAAAAUAUUUUUCAUUAUCUAUAAAUAUUUGUUCAUUAUUCUAUCUAUCUAUCUAUCAUUUCUAUCUAUCUAUAUUUGUCUAUUAUCUAUUAUAUUUGUUUUAUAUAAUAUCUAUCUAUCUAUUAUCUAUCUUUGUUCAUUAUUAUCUAUCUAUCUAUCUAUCUAUCUAUCUUUCAUCUAUCUAUGUAUAUUUGUUCAUUAUCUAUGUAUAUUUGUUCAUUAUCUAUUUUAUCUAUCUUUUUUUAUCUAUCUAUAUUUGUUCAUUAUCUAUGUAUAUUUGUUUACUAUCUAUCUAUCUAUCUAUCUAUCUUUGUUCAUUAUCUAUCUAUCUAUCUAUCUAUCUAUGUAUAUUUGUUCAUUAUCUAUGUAUAUUUGUUCAUUAUCUAUCUAUCUAUGUUUUUAUCUAUCUAUAUUUGUUCAUUAUCUAUGUAUAUUUGUUUACUAUCUAUCUAUCUAUCUAUCUUUGUUCAUUAUCUAUCUAUCUAUCUAUCUAUCUAUCUUUGUUCAUUAUCUAUCUAUCUAUCUAUCUAUCUAUCUAUAUUUGUUCAUUAUUAUGUAUAGAAAAAUAUCAUUAUCUAUCUAUCUAUAUUUUUAUUAUCUAUCUAUAUUUAUUCAUUAUCUAUCUAUGUAUAUUUUUAUUUAUUCUAUGUAUAUUUGUUCUAUCUAUCUAUCUAUCUAUUUAUCUAUCUAUUUGUUCAUUAUCUAUAUAUUUGUUUACAUUAUCUAUCUAUCUAUCUAUCUAUCUAUCUAUCUAUGUAUAUAAAAUAUAA